AAGACGGGCGCGAGGCUGUUGCAAACCCGCGCAGUGUUCCGACGGCCGUACGUGCGCGCGCACAUUCGAAAACUAUAACGACCGAACGCGGUAUACCGCGAACCACGGAUGGUGAUCAAACAGUACAUGAGACAAUAACACAUGAUUUAGUUCACAAAUCAUCUAGUAGUUAUAAUUUAGCCUUGGAUGUAAUAAUCUAUAUAUAUGAAUACCUGUUAAAUGAUGAGAAUCUUUGUAUGGUGUUGAAGUGUCAGUGCAACCGGUGACUAGAAUGAACAUUUGAUAGCAUGUUACGGAGUGAACUGGUAUUUUAAGUGAUAGCUAUGGCGAGCUUCGAGGACCUUGCCUUCGACUGGGCGUCACUGUGCCAGGAGUGCCCUGAAUGCUGGACCGCGUCAGAUUUGCAGCUAGCAGCGGAACUCGGGAAAACUCUAUUAGAAAGGAACAAGGAACUCGAAACAGCACUACGUCAGCAUCAGAAUGUCAUCGAAGAUCAAACGCAAGAAAUCGAGUACCUGACAAAGCAAACCGUCGCGUUACGCGAGGUGAACGACUCAAGACUGAGAAUUUACGAACAACUUGAAGUGAGCAUCCAAGACUUGGAGCGCGCCAACCACAGGCUAGCCGUCGACCAUGCCGCCGACAAGAAACACAUAAAAUCCUUAUGCGCCAACAUUGAAACUUUAGAAAGCAAAUAUGAAGAUCUCCAAAAGGUUGUUGACGACAAGAACGCACAAUUAGAAAUAGCUAGAAGAAGAGCUGAACGGAAACCAGAAAGCUAUGAGAAACCCAAAGAAUCUGAACAAAAACAGGAACCGGUCACAUCCAGCUCAAAGAAGCCUGAACUGUGCAGUACACCUCUGAAGACAAUAGCACCUCUCCCAGAACUGACUAAAGAGGACGAGGAUUUACUCAGAUUAAGCGAUGAACUCAGAGAAAGCAAAGUAUCGUUUGCCCAAGAACAAAGAAGAGUAACCGAACUGGAAGAACAACUAGCGUCUAUGGUCCAAGAAAAUAAUAGGUUGCAAGAGCAGUUGAGAAAUUGGCAUCAGAGAGAUGAUGAACCUAAGUCGAUGCAAGAAGAGUUCUCCAUACUCGAAGAAGUUAGACAAGGCCAACUAUGCAUCAAAUGCCUUAGAGGCGUUGAGCGCGGAGAUGACAUGUCUUCGAUGCUUGACGGUGACGACGAUGACAGAAGUGCUAUCAGUUCACUGAUCCUCACUCCAUCCGGCCAGGACAGCCCCAGGGACCUCGUUACCAACAAACUUGUCAAAUUCGAUAACGCCAAGGAAAAGUUACUUCAAGGCAUUUGGGCCAAUAAGGAAGACGGCCACGACAAUCCAUAUAGAGAACUCGUUCAGAAGUACGAGGCUCUACUGGAAGUACAGUUGUCACAGGUCAAAAAUAUAAGGAAGAACAAGCAGAAUACGUUACCCAAUGUACAGACUCAAUCUGGGUCACUGUCACUGCAAGACGAGCUGCAAACCUCUGGAGAAUACAGUCAUUUCAAUGUCAAAGACACUGAUGAAGAAAGUGGACAUGGUGAAGAUGCACAGAAAGACAAUACACAACCGAAGAAAGUGGAGAUGACGUCUCGCAAAAAAAUUAUACAAACACCCGACUUUUCAGAAGCAGAAACAUCUAGUUCUGGUUUUUCGGAUGAAACAAGCAAUAAAGCAACGCAAACGGAACGCGAGCGUCCUGGCUCUUUCCUCUGCACAAUCGCUGAUGGAGAAGACUAUAGAUUCAGCAUCUACGAUGAUGUAAGUCCAAUGGACAGCCGCUUCCGUAACAGACCGGAGUAUCGUGAACUUUUUAAAGAAAUCUUCACGAUUCUAAAGAAAGCUGCGGAGAACAAAGACGAGGGUGAGCAACUGCCGCUCCUUGAUGACACAACAGCCGGAAAAGUACCGCCCGUCACACCUGCCACGGAAGAGCCACCUGGAAACUUUACUGACGACACCCAGAGUGUCUUGUCGUCUGUCAUGUCUGAACAGUCGAUUCCAGUGUCUGAUAUUACCGCUCCAGAAACACCAACGCUAAAGGAAGAAAAAGAGGAGAAGUCUAUCAUCGAAGUCGUCACAAAACCGGACAUUGUAUCUAAUAAUAAACAAGAAAAGAUAGAAAUCAAACCAGUUGUAGAGCAAAACACACCUGAAAACCCCAAGACAACAGAAGGUGAAAAAGAAAAAGAAAAGGAUAAAGAACGUGUAUUAACGCCGUUGGUGCGACAACCUCUGGAGUACAUUGCGGCCACUAGAAAGAAGUCCAGACAUCGCAAUCGUAAACACAGCCAGGACCGACAAGGAGCGGACUCCCCCGUAUUCCCAUCUCCGCCUAAAAUCACCUAUCAAAAAUCGUCCAGCAAAAAACGAAGAGAUUACAGGCCUAUAGAAGUAAGUCCCCUCGUGAAGACUACUGAAAGUGAAUGGAACGGAUCGACGAUGCAAUUCUAUAAUAGGAAUAUAAACUCGCCCACGCCUAGUGUGAGUGGCCGAACUGGUAAAAUAUAUCAAGGCUGGAACCCCGAGACAGACUCUUGGGAUAUCAAACAGAGCACGGCCUCGCAGGAGAUACACAAACUGAGAAAAUUAGAACUUUCCUAUGCGGAGGUUUUAAGAAACGCCGACAAAACUAAAACUAGGCGCAAGAAACAUCAAUAAAUUAUUUUUAGUAUUCGACCCCCUCUUGCUUUUCAGUAAGAGCUGAGUGAUCCAACCGCCAUUUGUCUUUGCCAACUGGACAUUAGUAAUUAGUUUAGAAGUAUUUGUGAUCUGCUAGCGUUACUUUUUAAUUUGUAACUAUAUUCACAAUUAUAAAUUGCCAUAAUAAUUGGUAUAAUUGAUAUAUACCACAUAAUUUUUACGUAUGUACACAAUGAAAUAGUCCGAAAUUUCAUUAUUUUUAUUAUGGUUCGCCUCCCUCCGAUAUCAGUACAUACUUACCUGUAUAAUAAACAAAAUUAAUGCAUUUAAAAUAAAAAUAGUUCUCUUCCUUUCAGCACGAUAUUGCAUUUGAAAUUGUAUUUGGCAUUUUCAAUGAGUUUAAAUCAUUGACUCAAUUCUGUUUACUAUUUUAGUCACUAUUUUAAUUGUAUAUUAUGUAUUUGAAUUUUAAUUUGUAAAUAUCAAUUUUAAGUUAAUUAUAUUUUUUUAAUUGCCAUGAAUAUUUACGAGUACUCAAGGUUUUGUAUGGAAUUGUAUGCUAUAACUAUUUAAUGCAGACAGAGGAAGGUUGAAGGUAUAAAUAAAA